GGCCGAUCGCGGGACCUCGUAUAUACCUCAUCCAAAGAACAUAGAGCACGUCCCUACCUGAGGGCGGAAGGCUCCGAGCUGAUGCGAGCAUCCGACAAUGGUAUCUGCCGGCGCGGAACCUGAUAUACGACGACACGCCCCACGGAUCUGCUAUGAGGUGGAGGAGGGAGAUCAGGAGGAAAGAGAGUCGCAGCCAUUGAAUGCAGCGCAUCGGUAUGCUGCGAGUGAGGGCGAUGGAGACGAUGACAACUGCAGCAGCGACACUUUCGACAGCGAGUGUGCCGAUGCGGACGACCCCCUCGAUGGCAAGCACGUUGCCCGCAGCCCCUCGGGCGGACCACACCGCAGUACCUUAAGGGAGACAUGGCAUAUCGCAAGAGAGGCACUGCCUAUCCUGGUCCUCGCGCUGUUCAGCUUGAUGCUCGCUGGAGAGCUGCUUAUCCACCUGUCGCGCUGGCCAGUGUUCGUCAAGGUGAACAAGCUCUUCAUUGCCGUGCCCAUCCUGCUUAACAUGAAAGGCAACCUCGAGAUGAACCUCUCCCUUCGCCUUUCCACCUCAGCUAAUAUCGGAGAGUUAGAUACGAGGCGCACUAGACAGGCACUCGUCGGAGGGAACUUGGCAUUGCUGCAGGUGCAGGCGCUGAUCGUAUCGAUGCUCGCGGGGUGCCUUGCGUUCGUGCUCGGCCUUCUCGUGCCAGUGGACGAAGCGGCUGCCACGAAUCCCACAGUGCCGUCAGCGCCAUCAGGAGGCAAAGGGCAGCAGCAGCGCUCACCGCUGCUUUCCUUGCUCGCGCAGCAGGCCACACAGCGUCUUCGCAAACGUCGCCUCAUCCAUGGGCACCCCAAGCCGCCCCUUGACCCGGCCCUGAAGCUGCGGAAUGGCUACUUUGAAUUUGUGAUGGUCAUUGCAACGGGCACGCUCGCCGCUUCCCUUUCCUCCGCCGUCCUGGGAAGCUUCAUGUGCGCGCUCGUCAUCCUCAGCAGGCGCUAUGGCGUCAACCCAGACAAUGUCGCCUCACCAUUGGCCGCCUCGCUCGGGGACCUGCUUACGCUAAUUCUGAUGGGCCUGCUCGGAUCAGCGCUAGUGCGCUUUGAAGGCACGAUUCUCGCGACGCUCAUCCUUGGCGCGCUGAUUGCGUUCUGCGCAGCGUGCUGCAUCAUUGCAUUACGGAACUCGUACGUCAAGCAGCUCCUCUCCUCCGGUUGGACGCCGCUACUCGUCGCCAUGUUCGUCUCGUCCGGCGCGGGCAUAGUGCUAGACAGCUUCGUGAAGACGCUCGACGGCUUUGCGCUGCUCGUGCCCGUCAUCACGGGCCUUCCUGGUGCCUGCACGGCCAUCUUUGCCAGCCGCAUCAGCACGGCGCUGCAUUCGAGCGACGUGCCUCACCUCCAAUUCUCCGAUUCCUAUACCCAAGCACCCUCACGACCGAAUCAAAGGCCGCCGGCCGCCAAGCGAAGCGCGGUGUUGAUCUUUUGGAUCACGCCGACAGAAGGCUGGCUCGUUCCACUCACGCUUGCAGCGAUAGGCAUCGGCAUUGCAGGCAUGUACAUGCUGCUCGUUUGGACCAGCGGGCAUAUAAGUUUUGGUUGGCCAUUCGCUUGCUGCUUUCUUGCUUUCCUCAGCUUGACGGUUGCCAUCGCACUCGCUUUAUCGCAUUUUGUCUGCCUCUACCUAUGGACGCGCGACUACGACCCAGAUAUCUACUGCCUGCCCUACGUUUCCUCGAUCAUAGAUUUUGUCGGGCAGCUCAUGCUUGUGUGCGCUUUCAAGCUCGCGAUGAGUCUGGGCGAUCACAUCACCUCGUCCGUCGGAACUGGGGAGGCGUGAGAGAAUGAAUUGAAAAGCUGCGUCAAAUCGAGAACAGUUAUCCCUUGUUGUACGAUGAAACCUCGCCGGCAAGUUUCACGCCCGAUGGUUCUGCGCUCCAUCUCCUAUCGCUACCCAGCGGUCAUCUGUAUGUAUUUGUAUCCUCAUCACCAUGUUCGCAAC